AAACAGAUUAUAUUGUCUGCUCCCAUUUCUCAGGGCAUUGAUGUUCAUCUUCCACCUGAUUUUUACUUCAGAUAAACAAAUUCAGAGAUGAUUAACAUAGUUUGUUUGUUUCUCUUUCCAGUCAGCCUAAUUGCAACGCAACUAGAUAACAGAACUGUGUUUGCUAAACUUGGAGAUACCAUUUAUAUUAGUUGCUUUUACCAUAGCCAAAUGGCCAUGCACUUCUCUUGGUACAAGCAUGAACUUGGGCAGAAUCCCAGACUUAUCCUCACCAUUUAUAAAUAUGAUCAGAAAGCUACAUUUUACCACAAUUUCAGGGAUAGUUCACGCUUUUCCACGCUGUCUGGUAAAGGUCUGUAUCAGUUGGUGAUAAGAAAUCUUCAGUUCUCAGACUCUGCGAUAUACUACUGUGGAAGCUCAUAUUCCAAUGUACUGGAAUUUAUCCAGGGGACAGAGUUAAUAGUUCAAGAUGUAUACAACUAUACUGCUAUUCAACAACACGCUUUACAUCCAUUUGACCUUGGAGAGUUAGUAAGUCUGCAGUGCACAGUUCUCAAUCAGAGUUGUUUGGGAAACCACAGUGUCUACUGGCUCAUACACACAUUGGAACCAAGAAUUAUUAAGGUGCACGGAAUAAGUAAUGCUCAGUGUGAGUGGAGCUCUGAAGCUGGUUAUAGAGAACGUAAAUGUGUCUACAGCUUAUCAAAAAAGGACCUCAGAAUUUCUAAAUCAGGAACUCACUACUGUGCUGUUUUUGCAUGUGGGGAGAUUUUAUUUGGUAAUAGUACAAGACCACUUUUAACAGGUGAUGAUUCCACAGAACUGAUUUCUACCAUUGUUCUUCUUUCCAUUGUAAGAACACUACUGUUUUUAAUCGGUAUCGCCACAAUUACAUUGUGGUACUGCAUGCAUUCCAAAAGAAUUGCAAGAGCUAGUUUUUCUCCACAGUGGCAAGAUCUUUAAAGAGGGACCUGGUGGACAAUAAUAAGAUAAUCUAUAGAUAAUUCAUAAAAUCCACUUUCAAUUCCAUCAACUAUACUAUAUAUAAAUACAACUAAUAAAUACAAUGCAUGUGAUUGUGUAAAUCAGCUUGCUACAUGUGUCAUUAUUUGAAAAGGCAAAGGCAUACAUUUUGUUACUUGAAAUAUAAAAAAUAAAUACAUUUCAAAUGUAUAAAAAUGUGUCUCAAAAUUACAUAUAAAAGUUACCAAUUAUAGAAAAUACUAUGUGUCUAUAUUUUAUGCCAAAAAAUUAGUGUGAUUGCCUCAUUAAUGUAAAAUAUCCUUUAAGGAGAGUGCACUUAUUUUAAGUGAUCUUUACAAUUUACUGAAUUUAUACUUUUAAUUGUCAAUAGCACAAAACAAUAACUUUGUAAUUACUAUGUAAAACAACAUGUAAUAACUGAAAUUGCCAGUUAUAAAUUACACAAUGUUACACCUACUUUUUGUUUAUAGUAGGCUUACAUUAAAUAUAUUGUGAAAAACAUCUGAAAAACAACAGGCUUCCAGCAGAACCUCCAUAUUGGUAAAAAUAAGCUCUAUAAGAUCUUUAUUACAUUACAACUCCAGAGAAGUGGAUAUACAGAGAUUUUAAGUCACCGUGAACAUCAUGAACUCUUAGAAAGAAUGUGUUAAUUUUUUUAACAUCUUUUUGUGUUAAACCUUUAACACAUUGUGUGUCAUUUUCUGUUGAUUUUGUGUUAAAAUAAAACACAAAAUGUGUUGUUUCAAAAU